CGCUCAUACGACGCGCAACCCCUCACACAUCGUCGUAUCGGUACCUUUUCUCACCACCUUUUGCCAAUACAACCCCCGCUCGUUGCCCGUCCGCGCCGCUCCUGCUCUACUCUUAACCACUCGUCCACGCCUUCUCGCACACCACUUGUCGACAUGGCGGCAUCAUUGGACUAUCCUGCACACCAAUUCAACGUGCAGCGAAGGCCAUUGCCAUCGGCCGCUCCUCCCAUGGACUAUCUGGCCCACUCUCGCUCGCGCACCAUGUCGUCCAACAUCGCCCCUGCUCAGCACUACCAGCAUCCUCAGCAUACCGUUCCUCCGCCGCUCAGUCACUCUCGCCGUACCCUCUCUAAUGCCACCACUUCGACCACAAGCACCCACAGCAGCGUGCACGGCCGCGUCCCUGCCGCUCCGUCGUCAUACGCUUCGUCAAUCCGCCGAUCCACAUCUUCCCGCUCCAACAACUCGCCCACCUCAUACGUCUCCCUGAUGCGGAAACAGAAGGCCACCGUCUGGUGCGAUCGUGCCCAGCUGGAAGAUCCUCGUAUCCUUGCCCAGCAAAGAGCUGCCAAGGUACGUGCCCAGAUGGAAGUCGUUGGCGGCGUCUCGGCCACUGGCAACGGCCGUUCGGCUGGAAGCAGUGGAGGUAUUGCCAGCAAGAUCCGUCAUCACGGUGCUGUCAAGGCUUCGGCCUACUCCGCUGCUGGUAACAUGUCUGGAGGUGGUGUGCCUAUGCGUCUGAGUGCUAGCGAGGUCGACGAGGACAAUAGCGACGAUGACAGCGCCAUUGCCCGCUACCACCAGCGUAACAACUCUGGACGCAGCAGUCUCGGCUCGGGUCAGCGCACACGCGAAAGCUACUACGCUGGUCCUACACCGACUGCCACUCGCUUCAGCAAUGGCAGCACCCCACCAAGCAACAACAGCUACAGUCCUGUCGACAAGUAUCCGGAGCAACGUGAUCGUCAAGACUCGAUCGCUACCACUCGAUCAUACUCCGAUGCUACUCCUCAGCAAGGCGCCACAAGAAACGACUACUUUACCCAUCCUGGCGGUAACGGUGGUUCAAGUGGCUCUAUCCAAGAAGAGCGUUUUGGUGACGUUGGAAGCUUGCCAACUCGUGCAGCCGUCUCGCAUAACUACGGUAUCGACCAACAAAAGACAAACGACGAGCUGCGUCGACGAGGCAGUGUCGACGAUCGCACAACCACUAUGAGUGGUGUCCGCCUCUUCGUCGCAAACCCCGACAUGGACGACGACUAGACAUGCCCCCUCUAGACGUCACCUGGGAACCCGCUGGCUCGGCUCUUCCCUCGACAAAUGACCCCUCCCCUUGAACGAACGUGUCUCUUCCUCUGCCUAUAUCCUUUCUGCCUUCCAAAACACUCCCUUUCCUUCAACUUGUAAUGUCCCUCAAUCGCUUCUUCUUUCUGCUUGCUUACAACCUUCCUUUCAAUACCACUACAUUUGUGUGUUUCUAUUACCUUCGCUUUAGCAUACGAGACCACAACAUCCUUCAAAGAAGAGGAUAAUGAACAUUUAUUACUAUACCAAUCUUUCU